CUGCACCAGUACAGUCUCCUCUUCCCAGGGUCCCGUCCUUUAAAGCGCUUCAAAUCUACCGCCGCCAAAAAAGGCGCUAAAGCCCACUAACCGCCUCCCUCCCCCACAACCCAGUCCCAGCGUGGAGGGAAAGCGUCGCUCCGGAAGUGCGUCACAGAAGCUGCUAAUUGGAAUGGGAUUUGGAGUCAUCAUAAUGGAAGCAAAAAAUAUGAAGGAAAAACAGUUAUUUUUAUACCAGCAUAUGGCACCUGGCCAAUAGUUUUCAAUUUUCUUUACCCAAGAACAUUUGUGAUGUAAAUGAAAAUAUGCCGUUUUUCUAGACACUGUUAGCAACUAUGCUUCGCUUAAGAGCUAUUUGUCCAUUUCCUUGGAGACUGUUCCAUUUUCGGCCCUUCAGUUGUGAACCAUUAAUUAGCCAGAUGGAUAAGUGUACAGACGAAGAACAAGUAUUUGAUUUUAUUGAAAAAAACAAAGCCGUGCUUUCAGAAAAGCAAGUGGGAUGUGCAUUUAAUAUACUUUGGCAGUUUCAAAAGCAGAAGACCAGCUUGUUAAAAAGUGUUGAAUGUAUCAGAGACCAUCCCCAGUUUCUUACUCUUUAUAAUUUAACUACAAGUAAAAUGGAAUUCAUGAAUGACGAUACCCUGGUGAAUGUGUUGUACAUCACACAACAACUUGAAUCAACUAUAUUAUUGAUGUCAGAGGAGCUGACCAGCCAGCAAGCCCUGGCGGUGAUGGGAGCAAUGGAAGCUAUGGAAUGCAGAAAUUCACGUUUGAUUAAAAAAAUUGCUUCAAUUCUGCAUAAGCAUUUGGAUAACUAUAAACCAGUUGAGUUAUUGAAGAUAACGCAAGCAUUGAUUUUUCUACAUUUCCGAAGUAAAGCGCUUUUUGUGAAACUCAGAGAAUUAUUGCUUAGGUGCAUUCUUUUACAUCUUUUUUCCUUUUUCAGGUCCUUGUCCGUUUUGAUGGUCAGCAUAUCUUCUUUAAUAUCACAACGUUUUCAAGAACAAUUAGUGAAAAAAGCAGAACUUCUUUUUGACACCAUAGAUUCCUCCCAGGUCAACAUUGCAAGAAGAAUAGUACAAUUUCUUAGAAAUAUUAAAUAUUGUUAUUACCCGCUAUUAGAAAGGUGUAAUAAAGUGUUCUUAAGCCAUGCGAACCACCUUGAUUUGGAGUCCAUCAGUAAAAUACUUAGUCUGUACUACUUUCUACAGUUUCAUAGUUUUGAAUUUGUUUUAAUGGCUAAAAAGAGGCUAACUGAAAUGAUUCCUCUAUUUGAUCACCCUGCUAGCUUUGUGAAAUUGUUUGUAGCAUUGGGACCCAUGGCAGGACCUGAAGAAAAGAAACACUUGGAUCUUGCAGUUCUGGAAGGCAUAAAAAUCAGCCCAUUCAACCAUGGAAUGGAAAGCCAUGUGACUGGCUUUAAGAUCCAUCCUUUUGCAAUCCUUGCUAUUAUUCUUCCGUUCAGCAUCCUGAACUAUGAUCCACCUCAAAGGGAUGAAUUUUUUGGGACUUGCAUUCAACACCUUAAUCCUUACUUACCUGUUUUGGAUCCUCUCAUGUUAGUGUUUCUUGGUUUCUCUUUGGCCACACUUGAGUAUUUUCCAGAAGACCUGCUAAAGACCAUUUUUAACAUCAAAUUCUUAAACAGAUUGGAUUCCCAACUUGAACUUUUAUGUUCCUCUCUAAAUAUGAGGGUCCAGUUUCGUCUUAUGGAAUUAAAUAGAGCAGUCUGCUUGGAAUGUCCUGAGUAUCAGAUUCCAUGGUUUCAUGACCGCUUCUGUCAACAACAUUAUAAUAAAGAUAUAGGCAGCAUGAAUGGAGUACAACAGCAUAUUUAUAAAAUGUUAGCAGAGAUACUAGGAGGAAUCAAUUGUGUAAAAGCCUCAGUUCUUACACCGUAUUACCACACAAUAGAUUUUGAGUGUAUCUUGGAUAAAAGAAAAAAACCUCUUCCUUAUGGUAACCAUAAUAUAACUUUGGUAAAACUGCCAGCAAGUCACUGGGAAUCAAAUACCCCAAUAGUUAGAUCAAGGCUGCCACCAGGAGCUGAAAGAAUUGCUUUGGAGUUUUUGGAUUUAAGAGCUUUUUGUAGAAACAUCCCUCACUUAAAAGGAAAAUCUGCUAUGAAAAAACGACAUUUGGAAAUUUUGGGCUAUCGUGUAAUUCAGAUCCCUCAUUUUGAAUGGAACUCUAUGGCACUGUCAACAAAGGAUGCUCGGAUGGACUACCUGAGAGAACAUAUAUUUGGAGAAGGCAAAUCAUGAUUGUAGUUUUUAUUUAAAAUUAGUUAUCAUAGUGUAUCACAUAUGAACUUAUUUUAAUUAAGUGACCUGACUUAGUUAAAAUAUAAUAGUACAGAAUUGACUAAUUUCAAGAUCAACUGAAUCCCUAUUAAAAUAAACAGGCAUUUUAUAAUGCAAUA